UCAAAAGGCGGCAACAAGCGGUUUUUGGUUAUGUCGUUUAUCGUUUCUCUUUCGUUCAUCCCUUCGUAGUGAGGUUAUGUUGUAAAAUUUGCUUAAUAUCUACAAUAGUAUCGCCAAAUAAAUUCUGCAUUCAAUUGUGAUUUUACUUGUUGACAAGACAGAUUACCUCAUUCCAACUUCAGUAUGGGUGAUGAGGAGUGUGAGAUGCGAGUAUUCAAACUCGAUAAGGAUUGUGAACUGCGUUUUGAAAUUGAAAACAAUAAUGAAACAGUCGUUCUUGAGGUUAAAGCUGGAUUGGCCGAAAUUUUCGGCACCGAACUGGUGAAAGGCAAGCCGUACCAUUUCACAACAGGAGCCAAAAUUGCUGUGUUCACCUAUCAUGGCUGCACUAUUGAAUUGAAAGGCCGCAAAAAUAUCAGCUACAUUUCAAAGGAAACACCUAUGAUGACGUACCUCAACUGUCACGCAUGCCUGGAUAAGCUUCGCGAGAAGGCGGAGCUUGAGGCAGGCGGAGGGAGGGGGCCUGUGACGAUGGUGGUGGGGCCGGCCGAUGUGGGCAAGUCUACCGUCUGCCGCAUCCUGCUUAACUACGCUGCCCGCUGUGGUCGGCGACCUGUCUUCGUCGACCUCGACAUCAGCCAGGGCUCCAUAUCUGUGCCUGGCACUAUGGGUGCUAUCCUAGUGGAGCGACCAGCCUCACUAGAGGAGGGUGGCUUCUCACAGCAAGCGCCCCUCGUGUUCAACGUUGGCAGUAUCAAGAUGCAGUCUAAUCUCCCGCUCUGCAACAUCAUCACAUCCCGGUUGGCUGAGGUUGUGCAGGAGCGGCUGCAUUCCAACAAGAAAGCGUGUGCUUCGGGCAUAAUAGUGAACACGGCGGGGUGGAUCAAGGGUGACGGCUACAAGCAUCUGUGCCACGCGGCUCAGGCCUUCGAGGUGGAUGUUGUCCUAGUUCUUGACCAGGAACGCCUCUACAACGAACUUGUGCGAGAUCUGCCCAAAUUUGUGCGUGUUUUGCUGCUGCCCAAGAGUGGCGGGGUGGUGGAACAAAACCAGAGCUCCCGACAGGAGACGCGUGACAAGAGGGUGCGCGAGUACUUCUACGGAGUGAGCAACCCUAAGGGGGUAGGGGGGGCAAUACUGCACCCGCACUCGUUCGACGUGAAGUGGUCCGACCUCAAGAUCUUCAAGAUAGGAGCACCCUCGCUCCCCGACUCCUGUAUGCCACUAGGCAUGAAGGCCGAGGAUAAUAUGACCAAGCUGGUUGCUGUACAGCCAGGUCCUAACCUGUUGCACCAUUUACUAGCUGUCAGUUUUGCAUCUUCGGCGGAAGAAGAUGUCAUCAAUUCCAAUGUGGCCGGUUUCAUUUGUGUGACCGCUGUAGACACAGAUAAACAAACACUGACCAUCCUAUCACCUCAACCACGACCUCUACCGGCCACUGUUCUCAUCUUGUGUGACAUACAGUUCAUGGAUAACAACUAAUAAUACGCAUUUUCAGCAAAAGAUUUCGGUCAGCUGCUCAGAAAUCCAAAUGAAUUUAACCACCGUAAAUAACGGCAUCCAUUGGAACAAAUACAAGAAAAUAACAAGUCUGCAGUCUAAGCUAAACAAAACACUAUAAUGUUUAAUAAAAUGUGAAAAAUAAAAAAAAAUGUUGAAAACUCAUAUAACCCACCGAUGGUGUGAGCCAUUUAUAAACCCAAAGUUAUAGUGAUCGUAUAUAAGCUAUUGUGUCAUAUGAAUUUCUUUUGUAAUUUUCUAAUUCAAGCUUCCAAAACUGUCCUUUUCGCUGUAAUUUAGUGAAUAAAAUCAAGCUAUUGUAAGAUUUACUUUAAACUAUGCUUUUUUGUAUGAUAUGUUGUCAGUUUAUGUAUAAUCUCGAUAUAUGUAUCCCACUUGUUUCAAGUGUACUUGAUCUCUUAUUUACAUGUAAGGACUUUAUAAAAAGAUCUAGAAAUCAAAUAAGUGUUUUUUGGAAAUAAAAAAGUUAUCAUACGUAAA